AUGAAUGGAUGCAUUGUGAAAGGAAUAUUACGGAAAUCCAAUUAUUGUGGAGGCGUGGUACCCAGUGGUCGCUUAGCCACGUCGUUGACAACAGUCUUCGCAAGUAAGAGCCAUGUUCCUGUUUCUAAUCAUAUACAAAGAAGAAAUCUGUUUGGAAUCUUGAAUGCCAUAUUUAAUAGGGUUGAUUAUGGUCGAAUUAGUGAUGUAGGUCCUGAUAGGGCAGCAGCUGAAUGGUUAUUGCGAUGUGGUGCUCAUGUAAAAUUUAAAGACUUCCAGAAAUGGAAUGAAGAUUACAAUAUGUUACCAACUGGACCUAUAAAGAAACAUAAAAUAGAAGCAGUGGAUGCAACAGAUUCUAGUAUUAUGCAUAUUGGUUUUCCACAUUUUGAAGGCUUAGAGCAUCUUCGAUCAUUGAAGUUACAUCAUUGUACAUACCUGACUGAUGAAUGUCUAGCAUCUCUUCAUUAUUUGAAAGACACUUUAGAAGAUUUACAGGUGACAAGCUGUGGUGAUGUCAGUGAUCAGGGAUUAUUAUCAUUACAACAGUUACACAAGUUGCAGACAUUAUUUCUAUGUGACCUGCCAGCGGUGAAGGAUAUAGAGUCAACCAUGAAUUCAUUACGGAUGGCAAUACCACAGUGUGAAAUCUCAUAUCUUUCACUUGAAGGACUGAAAGAUUUGAAAAAAUUAAAAGAUGUGAAAGACAUUUUGAGUAACUUGACUAAUAAAUAACUAUAA